AUGGCGCAUAGAAAUAUCGACACCGAGUCUGACUCAACCAACCUCUCCAACUUACCGUCUCUGAUACUGGCAAACAUAUUCGCGCAUUCCGACCCAAGCAGGUGGUGGGCCCUUGGUAACACAAAAUUUUGCUCCAUCAUCGACACGACGUCGUUUCGCUGCUCGUGGGUAUUCCAUCUGGCCAACAACUGCAAUAUUGCAGCAAAACACAUCACUUGUAUUGAAGAUAUAGCCGACAUUUGUGACAGCACGCUGCGCCCGAUCAGCGAUUUGGUUGGAUCUGACUCGUGGUUAUCGGAGGUUUUUGUUCACGCGCUCAAUGCUCAUCGCCCGCGUCUUCUCAGGGCACUGGCGCCAGGCUUGCUUUGGACGGCGAUCCUCUCCAGAAAGCAAAAAGUAGCAUACCUUGUUGCUCAGUGCUCGGAUGUCAAGCUAGAUAUUCUUGAGGGCAAGUUUCUCCGUGAUCUACUUGUGCAACAGCCAUCACUGUGGGUGCUUGAACUGUUUGCAACUAAUUGUUCAGACAUUUCAAAGUUUAGCGGCCGCGACAACUGCUUUGAUAUGGCACUUAUGGUGGACUGGGUGCUGACCAGCCGUGUUGGCUUGCUUGGAUUUUUGGCAGAUCACAAUCUUGAGAUUCCUGUCCGGUCGCUGAUAGAAUAUGCGCUCGGCGCAUCGACGCCGGCGACGGUUGAGCUUUUAAUGCGCUGUAGUGCCGGCCAGCGCAACGAGCUCUCGUGGAACGAUCUUCUACUGAUGGCGAGCGCGGAAGCUUCCACGCGGGCGGAUGUUUUUGAGCUUGUGGUCAACAAGACCGAGCCCAGUAUUGUUUGGGCGUUCGCCGCCUCUUGUCUGGCAGCGCACGCAUUGCUGGACAAUUGUGCGUAUCAAAAGUUUUCGGUUCUGCGCGGCCUGCCCAAUGCAGAGUUAUGGAUAGUCAGGUCCAUUGGUGGGCAGACGCCAAUUCAGCGCGUGUGCGAAAAGCUGACAUUCGAGAACCUCACCUCAUUGACGCCGUUUAUCCGCGACUACCUUGAUUUGGGAGUCUCGGCAGUUGAUAUGCCAAGCAUCGUCGCCGCACUUUGCCAUUAG